AUGCUCCACGGUGUUGUUGACCCGAGACCUGACUUUGUGUGUACCAGCGGCGCGGGAAUGACUAGUGAUGGCUCCGGUGCCACAGGCGUGACGAACCACGUUGGCGAGGUCUUUGUCGGCAGUGACACCAUGGAGACCUAUCCCGGUCUGGUGGUGGCAGAUGCGGCAGUCAUGCCGCGGGCUUUGGGUGUCAACCCCCUAGCAACCAUCACUGCCCUUGCCGAGCGUGCCGUCGCGACUUAUGCCUCCAGGAAUGAGCUGGUCAUUGACAGAAGAAGCAAUGGCCUUCUCAAUCUGUUCGAAAAGCCGUCAGUAUCACAUAGCCAACCCCAAUUCUGGCCGGACGGGACCUCCGGGCCGCAUAUGACGGCACUCUGUGCCGUGGCCGAACAAGGGGAUCCCAAAGUCAGCUUCACGGAACUGAUGACCGGCUUCGUGCACCCUGGACGCGUUUUGAUACGCGAUGACAAAAGAACGUAUGAGUUGGCAUACCACUUAGGAAAGUGCCGGGGGGAGACGGCGAGGCUGUUUGUCAGUAUCACAGCGCCGUGCGUACUGCCCGAUUCGAAAGGAGCAGACAAUUAUGGCAUCAUGACAGGAACAUUUUCUUGCCCCGGCCUUGCAGGCUCGCCCUUUACUAUCCUGAGGAGCCGGUUCGGCACAUUUGAGCCAAAUGACGACAUGACGGGCACCGGAAAGCUCGUCUACGAGUUCGACAUGAACGGUGUCAACGGAGAACGGCUUCACUUCCACGGAUACAAGGUCACCGACCCCUCCAUCAUACUACGGCCCUCGCAGGUAUGGCAGGCGAUGACCACGUUGUACGUGAGUAUUACAGAUCUGGGAGGUGCCGACAGCGGUCAAGUUGGAGGGCCACAUGUCUGGCCUUGUCGAACGCCAGUCGCGAUGGGCAUCAUCAAUAUUCAGCUUCGAGACUUGCUGCCUGCAGCUCGAACCUUGACAGCAACUGGCCCGAGCGUCAUGGACAGAACCGCCAAGGCAACUCGAUACCUCGCGAAGCUCUGGCAACAGCCCCUCCAGCUAUUUCUUACCCCCUUGAUGCCACUGCAGUACCCUCUGAGCGCCCAUGUCGACUGUAUCAACCCAACGCCACCGACACAGUCGUUCAGCGUGGUGGCAAGCGACGGAGUGGUCACCAAGCUGCACAUGUGGGAGCCAGACGCAAGUAUGGUUGCCACAGACAGGCGCGGCGAUCCCGUACCCAUACGCGACGUUUUCAUGAUCCCAGGCGCCAGUGUGGACCAUCAAAUCUUUGCGCUGACAACGAUCCCGUUCAACGCGGUCAAUUAUCUUACACGUGCCGGCUACCGCGUGUGGGUGACGGUCCACCGCAUCUGCCGUCUGGAGACGUCGCACACGGUUGAUGCUUGGACAACACAUGAUUCGCGCCUCGACAUCAAGGCGUGCCUCGAGACUAUACGGAGAUUGCGCGGUCCGCAGAAGAUCUACAGCAUCGCUCAUUGCAUGGGCUCCGUUGCAUUUGCUUGCGGGCUCCUGGAUGGAACGAUCCCCGCCGAGUGGAUUCUCGGCAUCACCUGCAGCCAAGUCUUCAUGAACCCGAUCUGGAGCACGGUGAACAAUCUCAAAGCCAAGUCUCCCAUACCCCUGGACUGGCUUUACGCAAAGUUGGCCGGCCCAUACUUUGACUGCUCGACCUCGGUCGACGACAAGCGGGUGCAACAGGUCGUGACCCAACUCCUGAGAGUAUACCCUCAGGAACGACACGAGAUGUGCAACAAUGCGGUCUGUCUCCGCACGACCUUUUUAUUCGGACGGUGUUGGAGUCAUCGAAAUCUCAACGAGGCAACGCACUCGCAGAUUGAUCGGGUAUUUAGCGGCGCUCAUGUCAAUCUCAUGCACCUUCUGAUGCAUAUGGGCUCACGCGGCGCGGUCACCGGCAAUGCACCAGAGUACGAGCUCCUCGUAACACCAGAAAAUAUCCAGAGGCUCCGGGGCAUCCCAUUUCUCUUGUUCAAUGGCGCGGACAGCUCCGUUCUCAGCCCCAAGGCCGCGGACGAGACUUACAAUGCGCUGCUUGCGGCUUUUGGGCCAUCGGCGGGCGUCGACGGGGCGGCGGGCACCCAGUAUCGCCGCAGAAGCGUCGAGGGGUACGGUCACCUCGACUGCUGGAUGGGGAUGAACGCGUGGCGUGAUGUGUAUCCGUUCGUACGCGAGGAGGUCGACCGCGUGGUUCGGGGUGAGGAAUACGUGUUCCGCCAGCCGAACGACAAGUUUGCUGCCAUGGUCGAGGCUGUGGAGCUGCUAAGAUAG